AUGGACCCCAGACGCCCCAUUCCCAACCGUUCGCCUUCGCCAGUCGACCCCUUCCAAACUGGCUACCAGCUGGAAGACCGGCCGUACCACCCUGGAGGUGGUCCGCCGUUAGAGAUACCCAUGGGUCCUGGUCCUGGACCAGGGACGCCGGGCGAUCGCCUGGCCGCGCAGCCCACGUACUCGGUUGAGAACAUAUCUGGCACUUAUGGGCACAACGAAGCAUACGAAGAAGAUCACCGCUAUUCUCCAGCGCCAUACAUGAGCCCCAACACGCACACGAUGCCCGACUACGCGAUCGAUCCCGAGGCACAUCACGACGCAUACUACACCCAGCCCUACAACCCCUCCCCGCAACACGAGCCCGGCGCGUACUGGGACGAGGAUGACAACAGACCGAUGCUGCAGCCGGACACGACGUACGGCCCAGACCCGCACAAUGUCCUGAGUCCCGGCAGCGGGAGCCCCCCGCCAUUCGAGGAUUAUGCCGACAUACCUAGGCCGACGCCGAGCCCUGCGCCCAUUCGGAGGUGGAAGACGGUCAAGGAGGUGCAGCUGUUCAACGGCAACCUCGUCCUUGAUUGCCCCAUCCCUCCCCGUCUGCUGAACCAGGUGCCCCACGCGCAACCGCCGGAGCGUGACGAGUUUACGCACAUGAGAUACUCUGCCGCUACCUGCGACCCGUCUGAAUUCUACGAUGAGCGAUUCACUCUGCGCCAGAAGCUUUUCGCAAAGCCACGUCACACGGAGCUCUUCAUUGCCAUUACCAUGUACAACGAGGAGGAUGAGCUGUUUGUGCGCACGCUCAGCGGUGUGAUCAAAAAUAUUGAGCACAUGAACUCGAGGACGAACAGCAAGACUUGGGGUAAGGACGCUUGGAAGAAGAUUGUCGUGUGCGUCGUCAGCGACGGACGUGCCAAGAUCAACCCGAGAACGAGAGCCGUUUUGGCUGGUCUGGGUGUCUACCAGGACGGUAUUGCCAAGCAGCAAGUCAACGGAAAGGACGUGACUGCACACGUUUACGAGUACACUACGCAAAUGGCCGUGGAAAUCAAGAAAGGCAUUGUCAACGUCAAGAAGGGCAACACGCCCAUCCAGAUGCUUUUCUGCUUGAAGGAAAAGAACCAGAAGAAGAUUAACUCGCAUCGUUGGUUCUUCCAGGCCUUCGGCACUGUCUUGGACCCGAACAUUUGCGUGCUGCUCGAUGCCGGUACGAAGCCUGGCAAGGACUCGAUUUACCAGCUCUGGAAGGCCUUCGAUUUGGAGCCGAUGUGCGCCGGUGCUUGUGGCGAGAUCAAAGCCAUGUUGGUGCACGGCAAGAAGCUGCUCAACCCGCUUGUCGCCACGCAGAACUUCGAGUACAAGAUGAGUAACAUUCUCGACAAGCCUCUCGAAUCCGCUUUCGGCUUCAUUUCCGUGCUUCCCGGUGCCUUUUCCGCAUACCGGUACGUCGCGCUGCAAAACGACAAGAUGGGCCAGGGUCCUCUGGAGAAGUACUUUGCUGGUGAAAAGAUGCACGGUGCCAACGCUGGUAUCUUCACUGCCAACAUGUAUCUUGCCGAGGAUCGUAUUCUCUGUUUCGAGCUGGUGUCGAAGCGCAACUCUCACUGGAUCUUGCAAUAUGUCAAGUCGGCAACUGGCGAGACCGAUGUACCAGUCGAGAUGGCCGAUUUUAUUCUUCAGCGUAGGCGUUGGUUGAACGGUUCCUUCUUCGCGGCUGUGUAUGCGCUGGCGCAUUCGCACCAAAUCUUCCGCAGUGACCACAGUUUCUUCCGGAAGAUGAUGUUUUUGAUUGAAUUCGGAUACCAGUGGAUCAACAUGCUGUUCGCCUGGUUUGGUCUUGGUAACUUCUUCCUCGUCUUCCGCAUCUUGACGCAGUCUCUCGGCAACGAUGAAUUCCUCGGCACCGUUGGUAAUAUUCUUGCCACGAUCUUCGAAUGGGCUUAUAUCGCAACGGUCGUUACUUGCUUCGUCCUGGCGCUAGGCAACAGGCCGCAGGGAUCGAACAAGUUCUACAUGACGAUGGUUUAUUUCUGGGUCCUCAUCAUGGCUUAUCUCAUGUUCGCGUCGAUAUACAUCACCGUCAUCUCCGUGAAGUCAGAAAUAUCUGAAUACGGAUUUAACGUCAAGGACCUCUUCCAGAACACGCUCUUCUUCACGCUCAUCGUCUCGAUGGCAUCGACAUACCUGCUCUACUUCAUCGUCUCGUUCCUCUUCCUGGACCCAUGGCACAUGUUCACGUCGUUCUUCCAGUACCUGCUGAUGACGCCGACAUACAUCAACAUCCUGAACGUGUACGCGUUCUGCAACACGCACGACAUCACCUGGGGCACGAAGGGCGACGACAAGGCGGAGAAGCUGCCGUCGGUGACGACGAAGCCGGGCGGCAAGGUGGACGUGUCGGCGCCGACGGACGACGCGGACCUGAACACGCAGUACGAGAACGAGCUGCGCGUGUUUGCGACAAAGUACGUGGAGCCGAAGAAGGAGGCCAGCGCGGCCGACAAGCAGGAGGACUACUACAAGGGCUUCCGCUCCAGCGUCGUCCUGUUCUGGAUGUUUUGCAACUUGGCGCUUUGCGCCGUCGUGCUUGUCACGGCGGGCGUGGACGUCAGUCUUUCGGAUGAUGAUGUCAGUAAGGCUAAGACGCAGCGCGCGAAGAUCUAUAUGAGCGUUAUCUUGUGGAGUGUGGCCGGGUUGAGCGCGUUCCGCUUUACGGGCGCGGUGUGGUUCUUGAUCGUAAGGAUGUUUAGGGGUGUUUAA